AUGGCUCAGAAUCUCGUGACUGACGUCGCCAACUUCGUUUCAGACUAUCUUCCUCUCGGUAAAGUGUAAGUCUAGAAAGGGGUUUCGGUCGGAUAACGUGCUCAGUCUCUCCAGACUCAAUCCCCGGCUCCAGUCCCAAUCGGCCAUUGCUCCGCCGGUCCCACUCGUCGACAUGUCUCCGCUGAUUCGCCUCGCCGGACUUUCCGGAGCGGCCGCCAUCUCACUUGGAGCCUACGGAUCCCAUGGUCGGUUUUCCUUCGUAAAGGAUCCGUUCUUUUCACUUGGUCUCUCGGAACCGUUCCGAAAAAUACGGCAUCACAAAACCGAAAACGGAAAAUAUUUUGAUACCAAAUACUGGGUAAUUUUCUCGAUAAUUACUAUUUUUCCUAGAAAUCAGUUUGUUUGCAAAUCAAGAUGAAAAUGUCAGUUUUUCGGUCAUCAGAAUCGAAAAUCCGAUGAAACGAAAAGACGGUAUUUCAGUGCUGCGCGAUGAUCCGUCGAUCGAAGAACGUCGUCGGACGGCGUUCGACACGGCGUCCCGCUACCAUCUGAUCCACUCACUGGCCCUGCUCGCAGCGCCGUCCGCCCGUUUCCCACUGGUCACCGCCGGCCUCUUCACCUCCGGAAUCGUUCUUUUCUGCGGACCGUGCUAUCAUUACAGUAUCACCGGAGCGGAGGGCACCCGGAAGUACACUCCGAUCGGAGGAGUCACCCUCAUCAUCGCCUGGCUUUCAUUCAUUCUCUGA